UGUUGCACUCCUCGGGUUCGAUACAUAUCAGGUUCCAUUGAGAAAGUAACAAUUGUGGAGCGUCCGCCCGGUGGGCAUCGCUUGGCACGCAUAGCCAGCAGCCUACCCCGAGCCUGUACCCAGCUGGCCCGCAUCGUUUAAAGGACUGGUAGACAGGGCAUCCGUGAAAAAAACGGGGAAUCGGGAUCCACCUGUGUUAACGUAGAAGUAGUCAAACGGAAAGCACCCUCUGGACCCCCUGAUACUCCGCAGCUGGGGCAGUCUGGGGUGUUGCCGCCCCCGGGACAUCAGCCAGCUGUGCCCAUUCAUUCCCAGUAAGCUGCUCUAUUGGAUGAUACUGGCAGGCAACAUACUGGAAGCUUGGAUACCCACGGGUCUGCACCGCAGGACUGCCCAGGUUCCUAAGCCUGGCACCGGACUCUCAGGAGGGCAUCUAACCCCCGGCGGGGCUUCAAGCAGGACCCCUUCCUCCUCUCCCAUGUGGCUUAUCGCUGUGCCGUGAUUCUGCUGCCAACCCCUGUCUGUGCCAAGGGUAGAGGGCUUGCGUGGGCAUGAGGACAGCCUGAGCCUGCCUUCCACCUACUGCCCUCCCCCUGCUCGGCCACCCCGACUGCACACCGAAAAGAGAUGUCAAGAAGAAAACAGAGCAACCCCAGACAGAUCAAACGUUCCCUCGGCGACAUGGAAGACACAGAAGGCAACUUCACAGAGGAGACCAGCCUUUCCGAAAAAGACGGGGCCACCUCUGACCAGGAGAUGUCAGCUGAUGGCGGAUCGUCCAGCCCAUCCUACAGCGACAGUCAUGAAGGAGACAGAAGCAGCUCAGUGACACAACUUGUGGACGAAGAGUCCGGAGAUGCUGCCCCAGGACCAUCGGGAUGUGAACUUGUUGAAGCCUCUUCAUCCCCUCGUAUUUCAGAGGCCGAGUCUCUGGGGGAAGAGGAGGAUCUGAAAGCUCCUGGGAGCCCAUUCAGUAACGAGGAUGCCGGGGAGCCGCAGAGAUGGAAUGGACCAGACGAGCUGGUUUUAGAAAUCCCAUCCCCAGACGGGGUCGGACAAGUUCGCGCCCAAACUCAGCUGCCCAACGGCUUUUCCUGGGGACCCUACAGAGGAAACUUUAGCGGAUCCUCGUCUUCCCCAGAACCAACAGAAACGAGUUCCGCUCUAUCAUUGGAUGUUGAUGAUGACUGUUGGUUGAAACAUGUUACACAGGUUUCCUGCGAAGCGGACGCUAACUGUGUACUGUACAGGAAAGGUGACCAUAUCUGGUGUAGAACACUGCAGGAUAUAGAGCAAGGAGAAGUGAUCCGGGCUUUCCUGAUGGCCGAGCCUCAAGCCAUUCCCAAUUACCCUGUGAAAGAAGAGCCAGGAGAGACAUCUCAGAGCUCCUCCACCCUUCCAGAGUUCCAGCUGCUACCCCAGCAGGCAGGCAUGGCAGCCAUACUCGCUACAGCCAUCGUGAACAAGGAUGUCUUUCCGUGCAAGGACUGCGGCAUCUGGUACCGCAGCGAACGAAACCUGCAGGCUCAUCUUAUGUAUUACUGCGCCAGUAGGCAAAGCUCUAGCUCCCCAGCCAUAGAGGAUAAACCGAAGGACACCUACCCCAAUGAGCGAAUUUGCCCCUUUCCACAAUGCAAGAAGAGCUGCCCUAGCGCCAGCUCUCUGGAGAUCCAUAUGCGGAGCCAUAGUGGCGAAAGACCGUUUGUGUGCCUGAUCUGUCUGUCUGCCUUCACCACCAAAGCCAACUGUGAGCGCCAUCUUAAAGUCCACACGGACACCCUGAACGGCGUUUGCCACGGCUGUGGGUUCAUUUCUACCACUCGAGACAUCCUGUACAGCCAUCUAGUCACUAACCACAUGGUUUGCCAACCAGGAUCCAAGUUAGACGUAUUCCCAGCAAUAAAAGCACUUCCCGUCGUGAAGCCAGCAAACCCAGUUAUGGGCCAGAUUACAUCAUCGAAUCUCCUGAAAUGUGGUCUGUGUGGGUUCCUGGCCGAAAGCCUUCCCGGUCUCCAGCAGCACACACUCCUGCACGCAGCUCCUUCAGCGCCGUUGACUCCUCUCUCUGCAAAUUCACCAUCUGGUUCUCACAUUGAACAAAAGAACGAUCACUUUGAGAACGGUGAUGCCAAGUCACCCGUUUCUUCAUCAUCUUCCCCCACCUCCAGCAGGGAGGAACCACCUCUGAAAAUUCACAUCAAAGAGGAACCAGAGGGGCAAAGAAGCAUCAGUGAGUCAAAAGUUGCCAAUAGCGAGGCAGGAGAUGGAGCUGUGUUGGUGCCAUCUCCAGCUGUAAAAGUGAAGACUGAAAACUCCAGUCCUACACCCGGGUCCAGCCCAGUCCCAUCUGAAGUUGGAAUAGCACCAGGUGGGGGGACAGUUCUCAUACCACACUACGUCUUUGGACAUGAGGCUGCUCCAGCCAUAGUUCCUCAGGCCUCGGAGAUCCUCGCCAAGAUGUCGGAACUGGUACACAGUCGUUUGAAACAGGGCCAGGCUAUAACAUCAGCUGGCUUUUCAGGGACACAUUCACCAAAGGGUGCUACUUGCUUUGAGUGCGAGAUCACCUUUAAUAACAUCAAUAACUAUUACGUACACAAAAGGCUGUACUGCUCCGGGAGACAUGCGACAGACGAGAGUCCAGCCAGCAGCCGCAAAGUGAAAGUAGUAGCAGCAAGGGCAUCGGGCACUUCUGGAGCUUCUGCUGCACCCCCAGUUGAGGAGCAGAGGUCAUCACCACCACAGGAAGCAGAGGCAGAAGCAGAGAGUACCAGCACUACAGUUGCCAUCAAACUAGAAGAGGGUACUGGUGCGGAAGGUGAAGGAGCAGGAAGUGGACAUGUGAGUGAAGGUAGCCAAAGCCCCAGCUCUUUGGAGGAUCCAGACGAAGACCCAACCCGAACAGUGUGCGGAGCUUGCAACAUUCGCUUUAGCCGUCAUGAUACUUACGUGGUGCAUAAACGAUACUACUGUGCUUCUCGGCAUGAUCCCCCUUUACGCCGUAGUGCAGCUGCCAAGCCUGGACCACCAUAUGCUCCUCAGCCAACUCCUCGAACGCGAAAACGCCGCAAGUUAUAUGAAAUCCAUGGGGUAACACCAGCAGAGGUAGCGCCCCCUUCAUUACACCAGCUCACCAGGAUAGAAGCACUGCCUCUCAUGCCAGGCCUGAUACCAGCUUCUGCUGUGCCCUCUCCUAGUUCCAGCCCAGAUGUCAGCGAUGGCCCCAUCGACCUAAGUAAGAAACCACGCCUGGUUGUUGAAACACCGAUACCGCCUGCAGCAGCUGCAGUUGUUCCAUUGACUGAUUACCAUGAAUGCACUGCAUGUCGGAUUAGCUUCAACACGUUAGAAACCUACCUAGCACAUAAGAAGUACUCCUGUCCUGCUGCCCCUUUACAACAAAAGGCACUGCAGCAGCUCCAGAAGAUAAAAUCCCCUUUAACUGCUGUUGGGAAGUCAGGGGAGGAAAGUGUGAGAGUUAAAGUUGAGAGAAGAGCAAGUCUAAGUCCUGCAUCCGCAAGCGAUACCAUCCAGCCACUGGUGUUUGCUGCCACUCCCGACUCUAAGUUACUUCAGCAGCACUCCUCUGUGUCCGAGGUAUCCCCCUCUGGUACAGCUUCGUGUCCCUAUUGUCCUCUUAAUGCUGUUAUCAGGGGAGACCUCCUUGAACAUUUUAGAAGUAUCCAUGGACUGCUGUUGGCGAAACCUACCCCAGGCCAUCGACUUCAGGGUACAAUCAUGGAGGUUUUACUGCCUGCACGUGUGCAACCUAGCAGUGCUUCAGAGAGUAGCUUGCCAAGUCCACCUUUAUCGUCAGCUUCUCCUCUUCAGCUGCCCAGCCUUAGAAAGGAUAAUCUCGGCAGUAAAGAUCCUACAUCGUCAUCAUCCUCAUCAGCCAAUGGUAGCCCAGUCUUAACGAGUACACCCAGGCCACUCUUACCAAGUUCACCAGCCCUCCCUGUGAACUCAUUGCCUUUGGCUGAGCCCAGGAGGGACGAUGGACUCAGAGUUGCCACAAACGCCUUGCUUCCUGGGGAUAAAGCCAUGCAGCCACCCAAGGCAGGUCUGACUUCUACUCUCCCCAACGGGAACCACCGAUACUGCCGUCUCUGCAACAUAAAGUUCAGCAGCCUCUCAACAUUUAUCGCUCACAAAAAAUAUUACUGUUCGUCUCAUGCAGCCGAGCACGUGAAAUAACACACAGCGGCCGCCCAGCCUGGAAACCAGCCGUGAAAUAACCAACUAGAAUGAUGUUGCAUGGCCUAAAUGCCUUUUCAGGUAUGUUCUGCACCAUGCCAGUGUAGUCUCUGGAAGACAGAAUAGGCCUGAGGAAGGACAUGUCCACUGGCGACUGGCCAACUCUUCUUACAAAAGAAACUCUUGGUUCAGAGACUGUUUGGAGGUACAUCAGAUCUCACCUGCCUACAGUGUAAGGACUGUUCACAUGAACACAAUAUGGACAACAUUUCUCUGUUAAACCCACUCCACCCCUAACAAUAAGAAAAAAAUACGUUCCAGAUGCUUCAUGAUUUGCACUGCUUGCUGCAAAACAAGAGGACAAUAAACUCAAAAACUCUUAACUGUUUUCAUAAUUGCCUCCCAAUUGUUAAGCACAAAAAAAAACUGUUACAGAGGAAAGCAAAUCGAGGCGUGCGUAUCUUUGUUACAGGGCAGGGGAAAGGGGGAAUCACUUUUUUUCUAGUAAGUUAUUUUUGAGAUGUAUUUAAAACAAAGCUGAAAAAAAAAACUUUUUAUAAUGUAAAGCUGUUUGCGGAUAUAAGCGGGAUAUGAGGCAGCCCAUAGUAUUUCUACAAACGCCUUGUUCUCGUUUUGGGAAAGUCUUUUACAUUUUCCAGUGCCCCAAAAUCACGCAAUCAAACAGCCCUAUCGGACAGAGACAUGCAUUCAACUCAGGGCUGAAGACCAUGACCCGCUAGGCAGGAGAAGGCAUGCGUGGCUUACCCAGAGUGUCCAAUAGUAAAGGAUCUUCCCUGGUAGGGAUGGAACAUCGCCCCCAAGAGGUGGAACAGUGGAACCUCAGUUGCCGUCUAACUCGUUAACCAUCCAUGCUAAUUUUAAUGAACAGCAUUGAUGUUCUUUUCUAUACCUUGCUUGUUUUUUCUAGUGUGGAUGGAUGUUGCCAGUUGAAGGGUACAGCCAUGAACUAAGGAGUUAUGAGGGGCAGGUUUUAGCAAGUCCAACUCCAAUGCUUUACACUGACAGUGGCCGAGUGUAAAGCAACUGCAUCUGUUAGUUCUUUUUUAUACAAUUUGAAGAAGAGUUAGGUCUUCUUUGACAUAAUGCUUUGCUGAAGUUGUGCAUUACUCUAAUUUGCACUAAGCCGAAAAAAAGGUUUCGGAAGAAAAGCAAAACAAAAAAGUUUGCUUUCCCACCCCCUACAUACUGUGUUCAAGUAGAACCUGACUGGUCCGGUGCUACGUGACAAGUCAGCUCGCUGCAGCCAAUAGGAGUUCUGCUUUUCAGAACAAUGUAAUGGUCCUACGAGUAGCAGGGCACAGACAUGUCUGGGACAUGGGGUUGGGAUAGUCUCUAUAGCACUAUACAAAAGCAACAAGUUGCAAACUUAUCUUUAUCUACUGAUCCCUUGACAGAAUUUUUUAAGGUUGUAUUUUUACAUGUUAUUAAAUAUAACCGAAACUGGAAAACAAAAAAGUUGUGUUAUGAUAGUCCAAAAGUAUAUUUAUAUAUUAUUAUAGAUACCAAGAGCACUGAUUCACAAAUAAAACACACAUUUCUGGCGACUAACAGUGUGUAAAAUUCUGUACAUAAAUAAAAGCCUGUGUAUAUUAA